AUGACUACAACACCUUUAUCACAUUUAAAUAAUUGUGAUACAAAUUCUCCUAUAACAUCUUUAAUUAAUAAACAUAAUCAUCAUCAUCAUUCAAUACUUUUAAAUAAUAAUGAUGAAAUUGAAUUAGCUCGUUAUGGUUUAAGAGUUGGUUCAACACUUGGUACAGGUACAUAUGCAAAAGUAAAAUCUGCUUAUAGUGAACAAUUAUCACAUAAAGUUGCUAUAAAAAUAAUUAAUCGACGUAAAGCUCCAGCAGAUUUUCAACGUCAUUUUUUACCACGUGAAUUAUCUAUAUUACAACAAAUCAAUCAUUUACAUAUUGUUCAAGUUUAUGAUAUAUUUUCUUAUGGAAGUAAAUUAUGUAUUGUUAUGGAAUUAGCUAAAACAGAUUUACUUGAUUAUAUAAAAUUAAUUGGAAAAUUAAAUGAAGAUAAAGCAAGAAAAAUGUUUACACAAUUAAUAUCAGCUGUAGAUUAUUUACAUCAAAUAAAUAUUGUUCAUCGUGAUUUAAAAUGUGAAAAUGUUUUAUUAGAUAAAAAUUUCGAUGUUAAAUUAUCAGAUUUUGGUUUUGCAAGAAUUAUUCAAACAAAUGAAUUAUCUCAUACAUAUUGUGGUUCAGCUGCAUAUGCUUCUUGUGAAAUUCUUCAAGGUAUACCAUAUUAUGCUAUACCAGCUGAUAUAUGGUCAUGUGGAGUUAUUUUAUAUAUAAUGGUUUAUGGUUCAAUGCCAUUUGAUGAUUCAAAUAUUCGUAAACUUGUACGAUAUCAACUUGAAAAAAAAAUACAUUUUAGUCGUUAUAAACCUUUAUCAUAUGAAUGUAAACAAUUAAUAUUAUCAUUACUUGAACCAGAUAUUAAACUUCGAGCUUCAAUAAUUCAAAUAAAAAAUCAUGAUUGGAUUAAAGGACGAAUUUCAUCUAAUAUUAAUAAUGAUUCACCAACGAAUAUAUCUUUAUUGGGAAUUGGAAAAUCAAUACCAAAAAUAUUUAAUCCAACAAUUAAUAAUAUGCAAGAAUCAACAAUAAAAAUGAUGAAAACAACAAUAAAUGAUAAUUAUCAUAUAUCAACAAUACAUCGAAAAAAUAGUUCGACACAAAUUAUUGACGAUUCAUUAAUCAUAACUAAAUCAUUAGCAAAAGAUUAA